GCGCGGAGCAUCUGUGUGUAUAAUGUACGUUCGGCAGUGUGUGGUUCUGUUUGCUGUGUCCGUGGAUCUGAUCUGGUCUGGUUUCAGUUCGGUGGUUCUGCUCUUCAGUCGGUGAUUCACUGCUGUUACCGGAGGAUCGCGAGCUGAUCUUCAGUCCGUCACCGGUGUGUGUGUGUGUCAAAUGAGCUUAUCAUGGGUGAAGCGUUCACACACACGGAGUGCUGCGGGAAACAUCUGCGUCUGAUGCUCUUCAUACUGCUGCCAUGUGUUUGCGGCCUCAUGUGUGUUUGUGUGCUGCUGCUCACGCUCACAGGUUUGUUUGGGAAUGGCCUACUGGAUGCUGGAGGUUCCGUCUCCGUAGCAACACUAACCCCCCUCACCCUGUUGACCGAUGGGCACUUUAACGACACCUUCACCAACCCCAACCUUAUGACGGCUGAUAACAGAACCGUGCCGACACAAACUAGCCCCACCCACCCAGCGUGGGACUCCGCCCACUGGAUGCCUCGUGCCGAUACCUCUCCAUCAUCCUCAGCAGGUCCUGCCCCCACAGCCUCUGCAGACUGGUUGACGGUCAUCUCCACGGUGAAGAGCAUGAGCACCGAGGCAGGUUCCUGCUCUGACAUCACAGAGAGUCAGUGUCACAUGUUGCCGUACAAUCAGAGCGGCGUGUUGCCGGGGACGACGGUGGUCAAGGGCAGUGAGCUGCAGAUGUUCCUGAAGUUCUUCAGUUAUCUGAGUCGACUGUCCUGUUACAGACACAUCAUGCUGUUCGGAUGCUCCAUCGCGCUCCCACAAUGCAUCAGCCACGGAGUGCGCAGGACUCUGGUGCUGCCAUGUCAGUCGUUCUGUGAAGCGGCACGUGAAGGUUGUGAACCCGUGCUGCAGAUGUUUAACGCGUCCUGGCCGGACUUCCUGCGAUGUUCUCAGUUCACCAGUAACAGCGGAGCAACAACUGAAAACACACCAGUGUGUUACACACCACAACACACCAGAGGAAAACUCUCUGUGUGUGGAGGAAGUGACAACUUUCUGUGUGCAAGCGGAAUAUGUGUCCCUCGGAAACUAGUGUGCAACGGAUACAACGACUGUGAUGACUGGAGUGAUGAGGCAGAUUGCACCUGUGCAGAUGAUCAGUAUUUGUGUUCUACCGGUCGCUGUGUCAAUUCUGAUCUUCUGUGUGACGGAUACGAUGACUGCGGUGAUCUCAGCGAUGAGCAAAACUGUGUUUGUGACCCUGUGAAAGAGCAUCACUGUGGAGAAGGACGCUGUAUUCCCAGAGACUGGCUCUGUGACGGAGAUCAUGACUGUCUGGACAAAAGUGACGAGCUAAACUGCUCAUGUAAGUCUCAGGGUUUAGUGGAGUGCAGGAAUGGUCAGUGUAUUCCCAGUGCAUUUCGUUGUGAUAGUGAAGAUGACUGUAAAGAUGGAAGUGAUGAAGAGAACUGCACACAACAACUCUCUCAUGGCUUGUGUCCUCCUGGUCAGCCCAGCUGUAUUUCCACAUCCUGCUUGUCUGGUUGUCAUGGAAACACUACCUGUGACCUCCGCGACACCGGCAGUAACUGCAGUGGCUGUGAGCCCAUCUCUCUGGAGAUCUGUAUGAAUCUACCCUACAACUUCACAAGGUUUCCAAACUAUCUGGGUCACCACUCGCAGAAGGAGACAUCCGUGAGCUGGGAGUCAUCGCUCUUUCCUGCUCUCGUUCAGACCAGCUGCUACAAAUAUCUCAUGUUCUUUGCGUGUACGGUGUUGGUGCCAAUGUGUGACCCUUUAACACAGCAGAGGGUGCCACCCUGCAGGUCUCUCUGUCUCAGUUCAAAGGAGCGCUGUGAGUCAGUGUUAGGAAUUGUAGGAUUGCAGUGGCCUGAAGACACCAACUGCACUCAGUUUCCAGAGGAAGGUCAAACAAACACGUCCUGUCUACUUCCUGACCCGGAUGUGAAUGAGUGUUCUCCCAGUCACUUCAAGUGUCGUUCAGGGAGGUGUGUUCUCUCAUCCAAACUCUGUGAUGGACAAACAGACUGUGAUGAUGAUAGUGAUGAAGAAACAUGUGGUUGUGUGGAGCGAGGAUUAUGGGAAUGUCCUGGAGACAAAACCUGCAUCAACCACAACAUGAUCUGUGACGGAUUCCCAGACUGCAGCCUGAAGGAGGACGAGCACAACUGCUCGGUGUGCAGCAGUCAUGAGCUGGAGUGUAGUAAUCAUGAGUGUGUUCAUCGGUCACUGUGGUGCGACAGCAGGAAACAUUGCUCUGACAGCUCUGAUGAGUGGAACUGUGUGUCUCUGUCUGAAGGGGGUUUGGUGGUGGUGUAUAAAUCCGGGAUGGAGUAUCAGGUGUGUGCAGAUGGAUGGAGCUCAAACCACAGCAGCAUCACAUGCACACAGAUGGGUUUAGGUUCUCCUGUCUCCACAGAAAUGGUUCAGGACAGGUCGUUGUCUGCCGUUCGGAGGCGCUGGCUCCACAUCAACCCACACUGGAGUGAACACAACAUCAUACCACUGCAGGGCAUGCUGGGAAAGAGAGGGCAGAGCUGUCAAUCACACAAGACAAUCUCGCUGCUGUGUACUAAAGAUGAAUGUGGGCGUCGGCCUGCAGCUCGGAUGGUGAAGAGGAUUCUGGGAGGGCGUACGAGUCGCCCGGGGCGUUGGCCGUGGCAGUGCUCCCUUCAGAGUGACCCGAGCGGACACAUCUGUGGCUGUGUGCUGAUUGGCAGGAAGUGGGCCCUCACUGUAGCGCAUUGCUUCGAGGGGCGUGAGAGUGCUGACGUUUGGAAAGUUGUUCUUGGCAUCAAUAAUCUGGAUCACCCGUCUCCGUACAUGCAAACACGGCAAGUCAAAAGCAUCAUCGUUCACUCGCGAUACAAUCGUGCUGUCGUCGACUAUGACAUCAGCGUGGUGGAGCUCGAGUCAGAGGUGGAGGUGACCAGUUAUGUCCGACCCAUCUGUCUACCGAACCACGGACAACUACCCAAACCUGACAAAUACUGCCACAUCACGGGCUGGGGACACGUGGGCAACAGAAUGCCAUUUAAGCUGCAGGAGGGCGAGGUGCGCAUCAUUUCGGUCUCUCAGUGUCAGUCAUACUUUGACAUGAAGACCAUCACAUCACGGAUGCUCUGUGCUGGAUAUGAGGCGGGAACCAUCGACUCAUGCAUGGGCGACAGUGGAGGACCGCUGGUCUGUGAGGAAGAUGACGGCCGCUGGUCUCUGUAUGGUUUGACCUCCUGGGGCUCCGUGUGUUUCUCUAAGUUCCUGGGCCCUGGCGUCUAUGCAAAUGUCACUCACUUCACUGAGUGGAUCAAGAGACAGAUUUACCUGCGCACAUUUCACCUGCUGUAGGUACAACACAAAAACACACAGACACACACACUGCUGGAGAUGAGCUUCUGUCUCCUCGACACAUGAAUCAAAGAAGAGGAAAAGAAUCUGUGAGCAGACUUCACUGAUCAAGAUAUGUGUGUGUGUGUGUGUGUGUGUGUGUGUGCUUAUUACACUGUGUCCUAACCAGAUGUGAUGCAAUGCCGUUACACAGAAUGUUCCAUCUGAUGGUUCUGAUUUCUGACUUUUUUAGUCAUUUAAGUGUAGGAGAUCUGCAUCGCACAGAUGCAUCGCAGACUGAAAUCUUAUCGUGUCGUGUCUGGUUUGGAUGCGGUGUUAGUCCUGUUUCACAGAUCUUGCGUCUGCAGAAGAACAUUAGUGUAGCAUUAGUGUAACUUCAUCAGCAGACAUGCUUUCAUACUAACAGUGUUUCUGCUGCGUAACAGAAAAUAUAGUUGAGUUUUUCCUGUGAUGAUGGUCAUAAAUUAUAAAAUGGUUAUCUGGAGUCACUCAUUAACAAUUAUUACAAACUUGACCAUCAUGAAAUCUAAUUUACAUGAAGAGAAGGAUCAUACUUACAUCCAGAAUAAUUUUCACUGAAUGGAACCUAAAAGUGCAGCUAUAAACUGCUGAAAUCACCUAGAAUCAUUCAGAUUUACUGAAGAGAGUGUUUGUGUGUCUCUGUGUGUGUAACUUGCAUCAAGACCGACAGACAUCUUUUUUCAAACAGUGAGUAGUUCUUGCCAGUAUUUUAUAUUACUUAAUAAAAGUCUAUAUUGCAAAAGAUUGUGUAGAUAAACAGUACAUUUUCAGUGUGCACUGUGAUGCAGAAAUAGACAUGCAGUGCUUCUGCGAUGCUGCUUACGUGUGAACGCUGUUAAAGUGGAUAUAGUGUCCAUCGCUGCAGACGCCAGAUGUGUGAAACAGUGUUCUUCAUCAGGUCAAAGGGCUUUUACCGCUCACAUUAGUUUCCUCUCUGCAUCUUCUCUGCUGCUAUUGGUUGGUUCUGUAAAAGGGCAACACCUUUGUAACCUCUCAACCAAUGAUAUUCUAUUAUGGUUUGUGUUGUCGAUGACAUCAUUGCAUUUCUGUAGAAUCGUCUCACAUGUGUUGCUUAUGUGGGUCUCUGGUGUGUUAACAGUAUUUGUGUGAUUUAAUAUUCACUGAUGAUGAAAGGUGACACUGUUCAUGUGAACUCUUCGUGUAUGAAUGUUUCAAGUGUUUCUGCAUCUUUGUGCAACAUUCCGUUUGUUUUGUAUUUUUUUUUUUUUAAGAAUAUUUUUCUACAAAUUUUGUGCACUUAAAGUGGUAAAUCUGAAUUCUAAUGUACUGUUUUUAAUGCUGUAUAAAUACAGUUCACAUUUAUGUAAAAAAUGCACAUUAAAGAUUUCUGUCCAUUACACAAA